AUGAUCGAUGAGGUCGUAAUCUUUAACCUUAUGUCAAGUGAGAAAAGCUCUACUAGUUUCAAGCCACAACGGGACUCUUAUUCACGAGCAGAGCGCUUCUUUGCCCAGUUAUUUCAAGUGAUUUGGGAGAGCCAUGCUUCGGCACGGAUGGGUCGGCUCGACCGGAGUUAUACCACGGCCUCACAGAAAACCGGCGUGAAACAACCACAACGUUGUGUUUCGCCGUUGCAUGCUAGGGUAUGGGAGUUUGGAGCUGACGAUAAACCAGCAGCCAUCGUAGUCGCUUCAUACAAAGGCAGAUUCUCGUUAUUUGAAAAAGAGCAAAAAAUACAACUAAUUAUACCCCAAUGCUUUAUUCUAACAUACGUGAACGUGGAAGUGAACAACCGCAUAUCCAGUCCGACGGUACAACUUAACUCGCAAACCAAUGUGGUGACGAUAAGUUACUCCUUAUUCCAAUUAAGUCCAUCAACUUUCUCGAUUAUUGCGAAGGCAUUGGUGCAAGAUGAUUGCUUUGUUCAACAACAACAACUACUACAACAACAACUACAACAACAGCAGCAGCAGCAACAGCAACAACAGCAACUGCAACAACAGCAACUGCAACAACAACAGCUGCAACAACAACAGCAACAACAACUAUUACAGCAACAACAACCACUACAGCAACAACAACUACAGCAACAACAACUACUACAGCAGCAACAACAACAACUACAGCAACAACAACUACAGCAACAACAACAACUACAGCAACAACAACAACUACAGCAACAACAACCCCAGCAAGUUCCACAGGGCAGAUAA